AUGAUGGAACAGUAUGUGGAUUUGGGAGAUGAAAAUUAUAAGUGCAUUUAUUGUGGUGCACUUUUUUGGUUCAAAGAAUCUAUAAAAAAAACGAAUGCAGCCAAUGAGCCUCUUUUUACUCUUUGUUGUCAACAAGGAAAGAUCAAACUUCCGAUUUCAAAGCCAACACCUCAUUUGUUAGAAAAUUUACUUGAUCCGGGCGAAUGUCCAAAAUUUGCUCAGCUUUACAUAUAUGAUACCCAUAAUGAAACAAUGAAUCGCCUUAACGCUGUUAAUUGCGAACAACAGAAUGAAAAGCUUGAUGAAGACAUUGUUCAGGGUUUGAUUAGGAUGUUUGAUGAAUCAAAUGAAUUGACAGAUGAUGGUAAACAAUAUGAACAACCGACAUGUGAUGAAAUUGGUGGUUUGGUUGUGGGAGAUAUAGGCCUUUUUGAUUCGAAUAGAGAUAUUGUUGUAGAGUUACAAGCUGGAGAGUUAAAACGUAUCACAAAAUUAAAUCCAAAGUUCAUGUCUUUACAAUAUCCUAUUCUUUUCCCUUAUGGUGAAGAUGGCUAUAGACCUGAUUUAAAAUGGAGUAAUGAUUACAAAGGUCAUGAGCCCAAAAGAGGAAGGGUGCCUAUGAGAGCUUUCAUAGCUUACCAGAUUCAGGAAAGAGGGCCUUUAUUGGAUACAUUGUUAAAAGGUGGAAGAUUGUUCCAACAGUUUUUAGUAGAUUCUUAUGCAACACUUGAAGAAGAUCGAUUGGAUUACAUUAGAAAAAAUCAAAAAAAUUUGAGAAGUGAGAUUUAUAAAGGUAUUUAUGAUGCAAUUUCAAAGGGUGAUAGUGAUGCUAAUAAUGUGGGGCAAAAAGUGAUAUUGCCUAGCUCAUAUACUGGAAGUACUAGAUACAUGCUUAAUAAUUAUCAAGAUGCUAUGGCAAUUUGUAGACAUUAUGGUAAUCCUGAUUUGUUUAUAACUUUCAUCUGCAAUGUCAAAUGGCCUGAAAUUGUUAGAGAACUUGAUACCAAGCCUGGAUACAAGGGAGAGGAUAAACCUGAUCUAAUUUCUAGGGUGUUUAAAAUGAAGCUUGAUGAUAUGAUCAGUUAUAUCAAAUCAGGAGAAGUUUUUGGAGAAGUUGAAGCAGCAGUAGAUAUAGAUUCCAUCAUUUCUGCUGAAUUACCAGAUAAAGAUGUGGAUCCUAUGCUUUAUGAUAUUGUAAACCAAUUCAUGAUCCACGGUCCUUGCGGAGAAAUCAACCGUAAUUCUCCCUGCAUGCGGGGAGGUUCAGAUAGAGGUAGAGCAGUUUUUCAAAACAAGCCAGAGGAUGAGACAUUAGCUUAUCUUAAUUGUAGAUACAUAUCUCCAUAUGAAGCCGUUUGGAGAUUGUUUCAGUACCCUAUUCAUUCUAGAGAGCCUGCUGUUGAACGAUUAUCAAUACAUUUGCCUUUAGAACAAAAUAUUGUUUUCAAUGGUGAUCAAUCACUUGAAUCAAUUAAUUCCCUACAAAAUUUGUAUGGGAUUCUCGAAGCAAAAUUUGGAAACCUAGAAAAAGAAGGAGAUCAAUAG